AGUACAUGUGAUUAAUGAUGAUGAAGAACAGAUUUGUAUUCAUUUUCUUGGGAUGUCUCCUUGUAGUCCAUGCCAAGGGCUACACAGAGACGAAGAUAACGUGUGCUGACAAACUAUGGGCUAUCUCCCACAUGGUCAAUAACGAAGAAAAUCUCGACUAUUCCUUGAAUGCUGGCGCUAAUGGCUUGGAAAUGGAUCUGACAUUUGACGUAACCGGUACCCCGGCAGAUUUCUACCAUGAUUGGCUUUGUGACUGCAAAUGCUCUAGCUCAGCUGAGGUCUGCAAGUUUGAUGUGUGUGAGAAUGCUCGUCCGUCCAAAGAAGUCCUGGGGUAUUUCAUGUCCCACAAAAAGAUGGGACAAGUUGCCAUGUUGUAUAUUGACAGCAAGGUGGACGAAGUCCCGGAUAGUUUAAUAGAACAAGCAGGAGUUAACAUGGUUACCAUGCUGGAGGAAGUUGUUCUAACUCAGGGUUAUAAAGGAAUUGUACUUAUUGGGGCAGCUAACGAGGAUUAUUUGAAGUCAGUGGCCGCAACGGCGAGCAAAUCACCUUUCAAAGACCAGCUCUUCAUCGGUUAUGACUGGCAUACAGACUUUAAAGACGGAUUGGAGUUUCUAGCCGACUUGAAGUACCCCAAUAAAAUAGCCUCGACGGGUAUUUUCAGAUGCCUGAAAUGGUUGAUUGGCUACGAAGAUGAAGCUGUACUGGGACGAGUCAAUAAAGCCCGAGGAGUGAUCAGCGACAUGAUCAUCUGGACAUUGGACAAAACUGGAGAAUACGAGAAAUACUACAGCUACGGAGCCAGAGGUCUCAUUUCCAACAACAUAAAACAACUAGUGGACUGGGCUAAAAGAAAGGGUCACGAGCUGUACACUACAGAGGAUACCAUCUGCGGAGCUACUGCUGGACGAGAGAAUUUAGUUACAGAUAUUGGGGACUGUGGUUGCGAGAAGCAGAGACAUGGCUGUAGGAUAGACGAGCUGGGAUCAGUAGCAGGAUCUGCUUGCAGGUGUUCUAAGCAGUGGUUCUUUGGGUUUGUAGGGUGUAAGGGAGAUGUGGUAGGGUGUGAGGACGUGGGGAGUGCAAAGUGUUUGGAGCCUGAUCGGAGUAAGUUGAGCUGUAGGCAGGGAGCUGGAAACUGUGAUGGAUAUUGGUAAACAGACUGGUUUAUUUCCCGUGUUAAAUUCAGUUAAUUUUAUUCUUUGCUUUCAAUUUUUUUAAUUUCGUAGUUAGUUUUACCUUGUAACAACUUUUUAACAACUUAAAAAUUAUUCUACUGAAAAAUUAUAUUGGUUUAUUUCCCGUGUAAAAUUCAGCUAAUUUUAUUCUUUAUUUUUGAAUUUUUGAAUUUCGUAGUUAUUUUUACCUUGUAACAAAUUAAAAAUUGUUCUACUGAAAAAUUAUAUUGA